UAAGAUUUUUAUCGAUCGACGGUUAAGAAUCUUCCUCUCAACCCCUAUGGCAAGGAACGCACUUUACGCUAUAUUUGUGGCAGGAAUGAUUAUCGUAUAUACAAACGGACUUCGACACAAAGCGCAGGAAAAGCUUGAACAAGGUUUGUCUGGAUAUGGACCCUGGUCAGCUUGUGAUCAAGUUUGCGGCCAUAAUGGAAAGCAAAAAAGAACUCGUACUUGCACCGACYYUGAYGAAAAGGACUGCGUUGUAGAUUCACAAAUUCGCAGUUGCAACACUACAAACUGCCCACACCCGUGCAGUUUUGAUGGCAUCCUGAUACAGCUGCUAAGAGUGUUCGACCCUACAAUAGUAGUCAAUAACCACCAGAUUGCAACUUUCUCUGAGAUAAGGAAAGUUAUGGAUAAUAGACGUUUCAAAAAAAUUGAUCCAGACUUAAAAAAGGAUUUCUUGAUUAAGAAGAUUAAAGAUUCGCUUCUGGUCAGCACAUACCGUAAAGUCAAAUAUGCUAGAAAUUUGUUUGGGAUGCUCCUUGCUCAACACAAAGGUUGCUAUUAUGGAGGAAUUGCUAAAGAACUCAAAAAUGAGAUCGGGAAUGAGGGGUUCAAGAAACUCAUAAAUGCCGAUGAUAAGCUGACUUUAACCUUUGUGGUGGACAUCGGUAGGAGGAUGAAAGGAGUAAUUGGCAGAGCUAUAGCGGUCGCCAAAGAAAUUGCCAGUUAUGAUUAUAAAUCGGAUAUCGACUAUGUCUUGUCAACGUUCUCAAUGGGUACCGAUUAUCGCAGUCUGAUUGGUGAUGUUAAAACUUAUGGAACCCUUGCUGAAUUCGAAAAAGCUCUUGACAAUCUCGGUAACAGCGAGUUUCCAGAGGAAAAAAAAGAUGCUGACUGCUUUCAGCCAACUUAUGCCGGCAUYAUCAGAGGRAUAACACAAGGUUACCCAAGACAAGGUUCUCCUAUAUACGUGUUCACAAACGAUUURCCAAGAUCCUUUGGAGAGUAUACUUUCGAAAACGCCAAAUAUCACUCAAAGAGAAACAAGAUGCCUGUCAAUGUUUUCGUUAUGAAGCCUUAUUGCUCGACUAAAACGAAAGGCCGUUACAAGCCUAUCGUAUGGGCAACUGGAGGAUUUCUUUGGCUGAUCAAAGGUGGUGGUGGUAAAUCUGYAAAAAAACUUGAAUCAAUGGUCAAGAAAAGUCUAAUAGGUACUAGUACCAUCGUUAGAAGACAUGGUAAAAGACAGCGCAAGUACAAACGAGCAAGCRUUGAGCAAAGCGUUGGAGAGUUUGUUAUCGAUGAUAUUGCACAAGGUGGAACUAUCGAAAUCGAAGCUAAAAGUGACAACAAGGGAAUCAAACUGCUCAAUCCAAAUGACAACCAGAAACCCCAUGAAAUAGAUAACGAUGACCAUCGAAUUUGGACUGUUUUGAGACCCACAAAAGGAAGAUGGAGAUUUGAUCCUGAAGAUGUUGAGGACUUUAAAGUUUUGUCUCACACAGGUCUGGACAUCACCUUCGGAGCAAUUGUUCUGAGAGAGAAGACCCACGGUGGCGAAGAAGUCGUUCUGGACCAUCCACUGAUAGGGGAGAAGGCAAGACURAAAAUAGUUAUCCCAAACUUAUCUCGACUGAACAGCAGCACUCUAUCCUUUCCUGGAUUAAAAUACUUGGACACUGAGGCCGAUGACUCCUUUAUUUACGAAUCCGUAAAAGUCCUUGGAAGAAAYACCUUCAAUAUCACAAUGACUGGCGAAACCUUAUCAGGAUAUAGAUUCACGAGGGAAGUCGACAUUCAACCCAGGAUUGCUGCCAUCAUGUCUGAUAUGAAACUCUGGAUCGAUCUUGAYGCGGGUAAGGAGUUCAUGUACAACGCUUCCAUUGUAUAUACCGGAUCCAAACCGAAGACGUUUCGAGUUGAAGUCAGAACCAAUUCAGAGGACAAAGAYAGCGGCAAGGACCAUGGCGAUGGUGGUGACCAAGACSAUAAAGUGCUAGAAAAGRGCGUAAAUAGUCAGAUCUCCAAAAGACUGACUGCACCAACYAGUGGUAAAUUCACGGUGAAGAUCACUAUUAAGGAUACAGAAGAUAGAGAUGAUGGAAUAUUCUUUGAGGAUGGUCCAUUCAGUGUGGCUUAAAAAGGCUUAAUUCAUUCAUUACUUAAGGAUACAUAUCAAUAAAGUUAUU